AUGAACAAUAGGGGGAGAACGCCAGGAAGCUCCGGAAGAACGGUCAGGCCGUCCGUACAGCAAAACGGAUUGACCAUGCGAAAACGCGAUAUGACUCCAACCCGUAACACAAAUCUCGUCCCAAAUGCAUCAUUCAUUGGAGAUCGGUUCCUCGGAGUUCGUCUCGACCAAGACGAGUUAGAUCAUGCAAAUCAUCUGAUGACUAGUAAACUUUACAACAAAGAAAACCUGAAUAAUUCCAUAUCAGAACCUAACAGUCCGGAGAAGAAAAAUGUUGAAAGCGAAGCUCUGAAACAAAUGAUGCGCCACAAGUCUGCUGGAGCCCUCACCGACGCUGACGAUGGAGAUCGGAUUUUGUGUUACAAGAAAAAUCUUGCGCCUCCACCUGCCAUCGGAUACAUUAACCAGGCAAAAGUCCUGUACAGCACCAACAGCGUGAUCAAUCCUGCAUCAUCAGUCAAGAAGUCGACUCGCCAUGUGAAAGAGAGUGCCUCGAAAGUUCUCGAUGGUCCUGGCCUCACAAAGGAUCUCUACUCCCGACAUCUCGAUUGGGGUUGUCACAACUGGGUGGCUGUCGCACUUGGUCACGAGUUGUAUCUCUGGAAUACGGAAACAUGUGUCAUCAAGAACUUUUUCGAAGACAAUGCUCCGACAAGCGAAGGAAUGAUCACUUCCGUCCGAUGGAGCCAAGAAGGACGUUACAUCUCGUUGGGAUAUGCCUCCGGAGCUGUCAAAGUAAUUUUCAUUCUACUAUUCAUAUAUACACUAUUUGCUUUGAAGAUCUACGAUCCUAAUCGUCCAAAGACAACUGAAUACGUGAGAGAGUUAAGAACUCUUCGAGUCGGAGGAGCAUCUAGAUGUGCGUCAAUUGCCUGGAAGAAGCAAGGAGUGAUGACAUGCGGCUACAAAUCAGGAGAUAUUGUUAAUCAUGAUGUUCGUGUUGCCCAGCAUGUCGUAAGCUCGUGGGGAGGAGACAAUGGUCAUUCCCGCGACAUCACUGCUCUGGAAUGGUCAAGCGACGAGAACAUGUGUGUCAGUGCAUCCUCAGACCGAACAGCCAAAGUCUGGGAUGGUCGCCAUACGAGAGGAGAUGGUGUUGUUCAAGAUCCUGAACCUCUAUUCACCAUCGAUGAGCACACUGGACAAGUCCGAACAGCUCAAUUCUGCAGUUUCCGAGAUGGAAUCCUUGCCACGGCAGGAGGAAUCAACGACGGAACGGUUCGACUCUGGGACGUGAAAAGGCAAUGCCAGAAAAUACGAGAACUCAAUGUGUGCGAAACUGGCGGAGUUGGAGGAAUCGUCUUCAAUCGCCCCUACUCUGAGAUGCUUACAGCAUCUGACGAUGGUUUCCUGCGAAUCUUCAGAUUCAAUGCCAACUACAAACUUUCGCACGAAAUUCAAACAUCAAACGAGCCGAUCAUGGAUCUGGUUGGAUCACCAUACGACGAAGUUCUCAUCGGAGAUAUGGAAGAGACGUUGAAGGUUUUCCAACUGUUCACCGUCGAUAAGAGCACUAACAUUUUGGACAGAACAGCACCGAAAAACGUCGGUCUCAAUGUUCGAUAA